AUGUCAGCAGCGUCUUAUCAUAAUGCAUCAUUUUCCACUAACGGUGGUGGAGAUCGUGGACGAAAACCUCGUUAUGACACACGUAAUAAAGAUAUUGGGCCACCACCUCAUCAUUAUUAUCAGCGUCGUCCAUUAUCACCAGUUUCAGUUGGAGAUGUCUGUAAUCGUAUUAGUAAAGUGUCAUUCGACAAUUAUCCUCGCAAAGCAAGUACUCGAAUCCGUAAUCGUUCCGCAGAACCUCAUCAAUCAGAUAAACCUUAUGAUAAUCGUCCACCAUCAGUUAGUGCUAUUCGAUCUGUUGUACCCGAUCGAUUAAAACAAGAUCAACUCCCUAUUUGUUCUCGACCAGAUUCAGGUGGUACGAAAGGACAUAAUAUUACUCUUUAUACAAAUCAUUUUAAAUGUAAUUUACCUGACAAUCUUGCCAUUAAUCAAUAUACUGUUCAUGUGAAUGUAUUUAAACGUGGCAAAUGGUGUAAUGCAAACAAACGUCAACAUAAUCGUUUUGAAAUAGUUCAAAAAAUUCUCCAUCGAGAAGCAGAUAACCUACCGUUUGUAUGGUUUGAUGAUGGUAAUUUUCUUUAUUCUCGUGAAUUACUACUUGAUAAAGCUAAAACUUAUGAAAUAGCAAUAAAAAAUCAACUAUAUCAAUUGGCUAUAAAAGAUAUGUCAGAUCGUGUUACAGUUGCCGAUAUGUGGCAAUAUGUUCAAAGUAAAACACCCUAUAAGCGUCCUCAAGAUUUAAUACGUAUGCUUGAAACAUUACUUAAACAAACAAUUCGUUCACGUAUGGUUUGCAUUCGCAAUCAAUUCUUUGAAAAAAAUCAAACAUUAUACGAUAGUGGACCAUUUCAAAAUAGCGGCUUUGCUUUAGCUCAAGGCUUCUAUCAAGCUAUGUUUGUUACACAAAUUGGACCCACAUUAACCAUCGAUACAAAAUGUUCAUGUUUUUAUCGAAAUAUUGAUAUGAUACAUUUCAUAUCAAUUUAUCUAGGAAGAGAUAUAACAAUCAAUGGGGGUACGAUGUCUCAUGAUGAUAAACAUGUUUUGUCAAGAAUGAAAUGUUUGGACAUCAUUACCGUUGAAACACGACAUACAAAUAAUAAAAUGGUUUAUAACAUUCGAGGUUUCGGUGAGAAUGCUGAUUCUCAUCCAGUAACAUUAGACGGGCCGGAUGGAGAUUCACGUAAAAUGUCUGUAACGCAAUUUCUUGCUGAAAAAUAUCAAAUUAGAUUAAAAUAUCCUCGUUUACCAACACUUGAAUGUGUGAACAAAGGAGCACAGAAUUCAUCAUUUAUUCCAAUUGAAUUAUGUUUCGUUGAAGAAUGGCAAAUAGUUGAUCGUUCGCUAAUGACAACAGAACAAAAUGCUGAAAAAUCUAAGCGCUCUAUUUUAUUACCUAAAAUACGUUGCAAUAAAACGAUGACUAUUGCCAACGAAAGAAAUUUCAACAAUGAUCCAUAUUUGAAACAUUUAUCAAUGGUCAUUGAUACCAAUAAAAUGUUACAAGUUAAAGCACGUGUACUUGAUCCGCCUAAUAUUGUCUACCGAAAUAAUCGUAUUGUUUCCGUUACCAUUGGCAAAUGGCUUAUGAAAGGAAAUCAACUACAACAAGCGACACGUGUUCAUAAAUGGGAAAUGAUUUUAGUUAAAGAUGGCAAACGUGAACCAGGACAUAUGGAUAUGCAAAAAUUAGAUGAAUUUUGUAAUAUGUUACCGGAAACUACACGACGUUAUGGAAUUCAAAUGAAUCCUCAUUUUGACACGAAAAUAAUAUCUCAUCAUGAAAUUCGCCAAUGUGUUCAUGAUUUACAUGCGAGUGGUGCUGAAUUUGGUUUAUUUAUAUUAAUUGGCGAUUGUCCUGAAUCAUAUCAAACCAUCAAACGUUGUGCACUACAAGAAUUUGGUAUUAUUACACUUUGCUGUGAUUUAGGUUCAAUACGAAAACAAAAUAAUCCUGGCAAACUUAAUGCUUAUAUUGAAAAUGUUGCACAAAAAAUCAAUGCACGUUUAGGUGGUAUUAAUUCAACAAUCUCAUUUAAGAAAAUUUUCCUUGAUCAACCGAAAUCAGAUGGUGAUGUUUUUAUGUUUAUCGGUGCUGAUGUAUCUCAUGUUGUCGUUUCUGAACGUAAACCCUCAAUAGCAGCUGUUGUUGCAAGUGUAUCGCCAACAUCAACACAAUAUAUAUGUCGUUCAAGCGAACAACGACCUGUGAACGAUAAAAAAUAUUCACUAGAAGUUAUUAAAGAUUUUCAACCUAUGACACGUGAUCUUUUACAUGUAUUUGUACAAACAAAUAAACAGUAUCCAACGAAAAUUGUUGUUUAUCGAGAUGGUGUAGAUGAAGGACAUUUUCAAAAAAUACUUGAUAAUGAAGUGCAAGCACUUAAAAAUGCUUGUCUAGAGGUUUAUGGUCAUCGUCCGUUGCCAAAAAUCACAUUUGUUAUCAUAAAAAAAUCACAUAAUACUCGUUUCUUUGCUCAUGAUGGUCAACGUAUAACAAAUAUGGUUGCGGGAACAGUCAUUGAUACAACGAUUGUACAUCCACGUCAAUUUGAUUUUUAUCUAAAUUCUCAUGCCGGUGCACUUGGUACCAAUGUUUGUUCUUAUUAUCAUGUUUUGUAUAAUGAAAUUGAAUUUACUAGUGACGAAUUGCAACAAUUAACUUUUUGGCUUUGUCAUACUGAUGUACGAUGUACAAAAGCUGUAAAAUGUCCAGCAGCUGCUCGGUAUGCUCAUACAGUGGCUUAUCAUGCAAGAUACUUCGAAAAAGAACCCUAUCAAACAACAACAUCACAAUAUCAUUCAAAUCGAGAUGCUACGCAAGAUGAAGAUGAUCUUACUCUAGAAGAUAUCAAAAGUAAUCUGAUUAUGGUUAAUAAAAAUGUUAAAAAUAUGAUGUGGUUUACAUAA